AUGCAUGUAGACGGUGACGGUGACGCAGGCACUCCAUUACUUGUGGCUGCGCGACGAGGACACCUAGAUGUUUGCAACCUUCUGAUCCAACAUAGAGCUAGAGUGGAAGGAAAUGGUGAAGAUAGUCCAUUAACCAGAGCUUCUUCCGAGGGCUAUGAGGACAUUUGUCGACUACUACUAGACAAAGGUGCUACAGAAAGGAGUGUUUCUCAAUACUAA